AUGGCCCCAAACUCUGAAAAGAGCCAAUUGAAGCGCCCCCGAGGCUCGCUUCCCGAGAACGAUCUUGACCCUAAGAGAACUCGCCGAGAGGAGAGGCAAGACGACUCAUCCGAAGCCGAGCAGGACGCUCCCCAAACCAAAAAGCAAAACAAACAGGUUCAGCAACAGCAGCUCCCUACCCCAGCAACGGUUGCGGAUGACUCGAUAGAGCUUCGCAAGGAGGAAACGGCCACGCCGCCUGGGGGCGGCCCGAGCCAGGUUUCCCAUCGCGAUCCCGAGGACCGGUAUUCCCAAACCAACGCCUACUCGUCGCCCCCUCCAAGACACACAAGCCGUUUCCACGCAACAAAUUGA